UUGACCUCCUUCACCAAAUAUUGGCACUGAGGAAUGAGGAAAAUAUGAAACUUAAAGAGUACUGCCUGUUUUAUGACCACCUACUUGGUUUUAGUUGGUGGAUGGUUACUGCUAACGCUGCUAUCAUCGCAGCGAUGCUAAUGCUUAAGCUGAUGGAAGUUGAGGUUGUAUAACAAGGAGCAACAGAAGUACUGAGAUACAAGCUUUGUCCUGACUGCAAGAGAGUCUCGGAGCAAUGACGCGGACUCUGGAUGUUGCGCUGACCCUCGUGCUCCUGUGCUGCCGGGGCGCCUUCGCUGGAUACGGGAUGGGGAUGUUCGCAGCCCAGACCUCUCCUCCGGACCCCUGCUACGACGAGCACGGCAACCCCCGCCGCUGCAUCCCGGACUUUGUCAACUCCGCCUUUGGGAAAGAGGUGAAAGUGUCCAGCACUUGCGGAAAGACGCCCAGUCGAUACUGCGUGGUGACCUCCACGGACAAGGUGGACGAGAGGACCAGGAACUGCCACACGUGCGAUGCUUCAGACCCAAAGAAGUACCAUCCUCCGGCGUACCUCACUGACCUCAACAACCCGCACAACCUCACCUGCUGGCAGUCCGACAACUUCAUCCAGUAUCCGCAGAACGUCACGUUGACUUUGUCCCUCGGUAAAAAGUUCGAGGUGACCUACGUGAGCCUGCAGUUCUGUUCCCCCAGACCAGAAUCCAUGGUCAUAUACAAGUCCAUGGACUACGGGAAAACGUGGGUUCCGUUCCAGUUCUACUCGACCCAGUGCAGGAAGAUGUUUAACAAGCCGAACCGGGCCGUGAUCACCAAGCAGAACGAGCAGGAGGCGGUGUGCACGGACUCCCACACCGACAUGUACCCGCUGACCGGCGGCCUGAUCGCCUUCAGCACCCUGGACGGACGGCCGUCCGCCCACGACUUCGACAACUCCCCGGUGCUGCAGGACUGGGUGACGGCCACCGACAUCAAGGUGGUCUUCAGCCGACUGCACACGUUUGGGGACGAGAACGAGGACGACUCGGAGCUGGCCCGCGACUCCUACUUCUACUCGGUGUCGGACCUGCAGGUCGGGGGCAGAUGCAAGUGUAACGGACACGCGUCGCGCUGCGUGAAGGACCGGGACGGAGGUUUGGUGUGCGAGUGCAAGCACAACACCGCAGGACCGGAGUGCGACAGGUGCAAACCGUUCCACUACGACCGUCCGUGGCAGAGAGCGACCGCCAGGGAGGCCAACGAGUGCGUGGCCUGCAACUGUAACUUGCACGCGCGCAGAUGCCGCUUCAACAUGGAGCUGUACAAGUUGUCGGGGAGGAAAAGUGGAGGUGUUUGUCUCAACUGUCGACACAACACGGCCGGUCGUCAUUGUCACUACUGCAAAGAGGGCUACUACAGAGAUCUGUCGAAGCCCAUCUCUCACAGAAAAGCCUGCAAAGCAUGUGAUUGCCAUCCCGUGGGUGCCGCUGGCAAAACCUGUAACCAAACCACAGGACAAUGUCCCUGUAAAGACGGCGUGACUGGUAUCACGUGCAACCGCUGUGCUAAAGGGUACCAGCAGAGCCGCUCGCCCAUUGCCCCCUGCAUAAAGAUUCCAGUCACUCCUCCAACAACCCCAUCCACCAGCACAGAGGAACCCUUAGACUGCGAGUCGUACUGUAAAGCCUCUAAAGGGAAGCUGAAGAUCAACAUGAAGAAGUACUGCAAGAAAGACUAUGCUGUACAGGUCCACAUCCUGAAGGCGGACAAGUCCGGCGAGUGGUGGAAGUUCACCGUCAACAUCAUCUCGGUCUACAAACAAGGCGAGAGUCGAAUCCGGCGGGGAGACCAGUUCUUGUGGGUGCGAGCCAAAGACGUGGCCUGCAAGUGCCCCAAGAUCAAGCCCGGGAAGAGGUACCUGCUGCUGGGGAACGACGAGGACUCCCCGGGUCAGAGCGGCGUGGUGGCCGACAAAGGCAGCCUGGUCAUCCAGUGGAGGGACACGUGGGCGCGGCGGCUCAGGAAGUUCCAGCAGCGGGAAAAGAAAGGCAAGUGCAAGAAGCCGUAGACGGACGCGGGAGGACGUCGGGGGAGAAUCCAGAGAAAGGCUGAGCGGGUCAAAUAAGAAUAUAAAUGAAAGAGACAAAAACAUUUAGACUGAAACUGUCCAUGUCGCUGCUUAUUUGUGUAGUAGCAUGAAGAGAAUCCUUUGUGUUUCCAGUGAACUUUGGUCGGAGCUCACUCUACAGAUUUGGUUUACGGUCUCUGAUAUCCGUCUCUUGUGGAUUUGCCGAAUUUGCACCAGUUACCAGUAUAUAAAGUCCUCCUCAUAUCUUGUUAUGAAAGCGUCCUAUUUUAUUAUUGGUGGACACUGAGAGACACCACUUCACCUCUGCGUGGUUCUCCUGUCUGUGGUACCAGCCGGGAGCCCGCCUCCUCACCUCUAUGCUUCUGAAUCGUGCCAUAAAAACAAGAAAACUUUGUUGUGUGUUGUCGCUCGUGGGUUCUCACGUUGCUGCGCGGCUACAUCUGCAAUACAACAAACAAGCUCUGACUUCAGAAUAUCGCUAACCAAGGGUUGUUUAUCUUAUUAACUGAGGUUUGAACUAAACUCUCUAGUAAGUCUCCUUAGAUUCGUCGAUGUAUUUACACCAGUUACUGCUCCUUUAUUGAAAUACAGGUGAGAUAAAAGACACAAAGGCCUGACAACAUUGAACAGGUAAUAACGGAAAUAAUUCAAAAGUAUUGUUUAUUUAUAUCAGAUUUCAGAUGAAAAAGAGCCCUUCUUUUAUAACAUGGAUUUUUUCUGACCUACACUAACCAGCUUGAAAGCAUUUGUUUGGUGAUUUUCAUUUAGUUUCGGACACAAAGCAGCAGCCACACCCAAAUCUAGUGUUUUCCAUAUCCAGUCUACAAUCGUUUCAAAUGACACAGCUUUAUAUAUGCAUAUCUAAAAGCAAUGUCAAUUUUAUAUAUCCCAUUUUCUCAUCCCAUCAUCAUCACUGAUCUGUAUCUACGUUGUGGUUCCUGUUUAUGGACUAAAAAAGGUGGAAUUUUCCAUUCAGAUAACAACAGUCGAUGUCAUUUAAAUCUGACUGGUGCUGCUCCAUAACACGCUUCUGCUCCCGCCAAAAAUAUACCAUGCCAUUCCAGAAGGUGUGUGACAGUUCAACAUGUGUGGCCCAGAUAGCAGUAGUGAUGGGCUGGUGAGGCUUCGUGAAACAGCGUCUGCAUCUAGAGCCCCCUAGAUGGCGCUCUCUGCUCUAAAAUAUUUCACUUCAAACAACCUUACACCCUUUAGCGCCACCUUCUGAGCUCCGACACUGCUUCAUGAAGCACAAUGUUGAGGCAUCAAAUCAAAAUAUGAUAUUGUUCUUUCAAAUAUUUUCAAAUAUACACGAAAACAAUGUGUUUAUCACCAUUGCAUCAAUGAGUGAAGACACUUCCUUGUGUUGACACAAAACCUUCACAUGAACCGUCUGUGUUCGUGCCACUGUGAUAUGUUCCAUUACGGGCGGAUAAACAGCAUUUUGUAGUGUCCCAAUCCUGUAAUCCUGUUGUCUCUUUCCAAACAUGACAUCUUCUGUUUAGAUUCUGCGACAUUUGGCGCCUGAAUCUUAGUAAAUCACCAGCGGAAGAAGAAACUUUGUGAUAUUUAUUGCGUGAAAACAGAGAGUAGUGACCCAAACCCUCAAUGUUUUAUCUGAGAUCGCAGUCGGAUACUGUCCCACGAGUGAAAAAUGAAACAACAAUGAAAAGGAGACAUGAGUUGGGCUUCUUUAGGUAUCAUGGGGAUCAAGGGUUUUAUGUACUGGAGUUUAAAGCGCAGUCAUUCUAUGAAGUGAAGCUAGAGAGGAAUAAAGAAAGUUAAAUUCAGGAGGCGAUAUUUUUUUAAAGAUAUGAGAACGAAUCUAUACAUUUUUACGUAGAAAAAAACUAGUUCAUAGUUGUGAAACAAAAAAAGAAAACAAUAUUAAAAUUAAGUUUUACAAAAGGAGGAAAAUAAUAACGGAGCGUGAACUUUUUGGAAAGACAAUUAUGGUAUUUCAACCGGAGGACACUGCUGUUCACCUGCCACCCUCAUUCGUCACGCUGCGGGACAAAUGUGGGAAAUGGCAAUGACUGGAGGCCGCCAUGAUUCAAACAUUUCACACAUUUCCCAAUUAUUUGAUGCAGUUUGCUUCUUUGUGUGGUCGCACGAUGCUUCGAACCUGGUUGAUCAUGAGCCCGUGGAGCGCCUCAUUUGAUGGAGAACAUCAGUCUUCCACUCCACAACACACACACCUGACAAAACCUUCCUUUGUGUUCAUGCUAUGAAUUGUAAAUGUUUAGCUGUCACUCAAACAUUUGACUUUUUGCGAUGUUGUUUUACGAGGUGUACUAAUAUAUUACAGUUAUUUCAUAUGAAUAUAUUUAAUGACACGAGACAUUGUGGAUUUUAUUGUCUUUCUCAAUGUUUUUUUUUUUUAUUUGUACAUGUUUGUGGUUGUUUAGAUUGUUGCCAUUUAAUAAAAGAAGUAAUAACUACUGAACAAACCAACAUGGUAGAACUUAAUACAGA